AUGACUUCCCAAACACCAGCCGUUGUCAUGGACAACGGAACUGGAUAUUCCAAGUUAGGUUUCGCCGGUAACGAUUCUCCCUCGUUUGUUUUCCCUACCGCCAUUGCGACGAAGGCUCCAGGCGGUGGAGGUGCUGCAGCUUCUGGACGACCGGCUGUUGCGAAUAAACCUUCGUUCCUAGGCGGAGGAGGCGGUGGAGGUGGCCAUUUAGCUGCAAAGCGUGGUACAGAAGAUUUGGACUUCUUCAUUGGAGAUGAGGCGCUUUCCGCUGCCAACGGGCCGGGAUACGGCAUCCAUUACCCUAUCAGACAUGGUCAAAUCGAGAACUGGGAUCAUAUGGAGCGUUUUUGGUCAAACUCGAUAUUUAAGUAUCUCCGCGUCGAACCCGAAGAUCAUUACUUCUUGCUUACUGAACCGCCUCUAAACCCACCUGAGAACCGAGAGAACACCGCCGAAAUCAUGUUCGAGUCAUUCAACUGCGCAGGCCUUUACAUCGCCGUGCAAGCCGUUCUAGCUCUGGCGGCCUCAUGGACGUCAUCGAAAGUGACUGAUAGAUCCCUUACCGGUACUGUUAUCGAUUCUGGUGAUGGUGUCACUCACGUCAUCCCUGUUGCCGAAGGUUACGUUAUUGGCUCUUCGAUUAAGAGUAUCCCAAUUGCGGGUAGAGAUAUCACAUACUUCGUUCAAAGCUUGCUCCGAGACCGCGGCGAGCCGGAUAGCAGCUUGAAGACAGCCGAGAAAGUGAAGGAGGAAUAUUGUUACGUGUGCCCGGAUAUCGUCAAGGAAUUUGCUCGUUACGACCGCGAGCCAGACCGUUUCCUCAAACACACCGUUACCGCUCCCAACGGACGCUCAAUCCAGAUCGAUGUCGGCUAUGAACGUUUCCUCGCCCCUGAAAUCUUCUUCAACCCCGAAAUCUACUCCUCGGACUUUCUCACUCCUCUACCAACUGUCGUCGAUGGUGUGAUUCAAUCCUCCCCUAUUGAUGUUAGGAGAGGUCUGUACAAGAACAUUGUCCUCUCUGGUGGUUCUACUCUGUACAAGGAUUUCGGCCGUCGUCUGCAACGUGAUAUUCGACUCCUAGUAGACGCCCGCAUCCGCGCAUCCGAGGCCCGCAGUGGCGGCGCUAAGAGUGGUGGAUUGGAAGUGCAGGUCGUUACACACAAGCGUCAAAGACACGGCCCCUGGUUCGGAGGAAGUCUUCUGGGUCAAACACCAGAGUUCCGCAGUUACUGCCACACCAAGGCCGAGUAUGAUGAAAUUGGACCCAGUAUUGUACGAAGAUUCGCCCUCCUAGGUGGUCCUGGAGGCGCUUAA